AUGACACACACCAAGACGGUCUCCGACCAGCUCCAGGAGCGGUUCCCCGACGUCAAGUGGACCAAGCUCACGCCGCCCGAGUCGCACCCUCACUGGAAGUAUCCCGGCUUUGCGCCCAACACUGUCACCGUCCUGCCCGCGGGCCACAAGAAGGAGCCCAAGUACCGCGCCUUUGCCGUGCCGACCGUCUUUGAGCGCGACAUUUGCGUGACGAUGCGCGACGGUACCAAGCUGUACACGGACAUUUUCCGUCCCGAGGGCGACGUCAAGGUGCCCGCGCUCAUUGCGUGGUCGCCGUACAGCAAGGUCGGAGGCCCGCAGCAGUACGAGACCAUGGGCCCGUUCAACUGCGGUGUCGACAUGGCGACGAUCAGUGGCUACCAGAAGUUUGAGGCGCCCGACCCGGCCGACUGGACCGAGCGCGGGUACGCCGUCAUCAACAUUGAUGCCCGUGGAUGUGCCUAUUCCGAGGGCGACACGACGUGGUGGGGAGAGCAGGAGGCAGAGGACAUCUACGACACGAUCACCUGGCUUUCCGAGCAGCCCUGGUGUAACGGCUCUGUCGUCAUGGCUGGUAACUCGUGGCUCAGCGUGUGCCAGCUCAACUUUGCCUCGCGGUUCACCCACCCGGCCCUCAAGGCCAUUGCGCCAUGGGAGGGACUGACGGACGUGUACAAUGACAUUAUCAUGCGCGGUGGCUUCCCAUACAUUUCCAGCUUUAACGAUUUUAUCAUCACCGGCUUUGCAGGAUCUGGCAAGGUCGAAAACGUCCCCGGUGCGCGUGCCGGACGCCCACUGUACGACGAGUACUGGGAGUCCAAGAGGAGCCACGUGGAGAACAUCGACACUCCCAUGUACCAGACGGCGUCUUACUCGUCGCAGCUGCACACCCGUGGCUCGUUUGAGGCAUUCGAGAGGGCCAAGACCACCAAGAAGUGGAUCCGCGUGCACCCGUACCAGGAGUGGCACGACCAGUACCGUCUCGACAUGAACGAUGACCUCCAGAAGUUCUUCGACUUCUACGCCAAGGGCAUCGACAACGGAUGGGAGAAGGACACCCCGCGCGUCCGCCUCUCGCUCCUCGGGUUUGACGGCAGCGACGAGCCCAGUGUCGUGGAGCGUCCGCACGAGGCGUACCCCAUCCCGGGCACCACCAGCGUCACGUACCACCUUGACGCGGCCACGCACACGCUCAGCGCCGAGGCUCCCAAGACUGUCUCGACGACCGAAUACGAGGCGCACAGCACGACCGCCAGCUCGGACUUUACGCUCAAGUUUGACCGCCGCACCGAGCUCGCCGGCUACGGCAAGGCCAAGGUGUGGGUGAGCUGCGCGGACAAGGACGACAUGGACGUUGUCGUGCAGCUGCGCAAGCUCGACCGCGACGGCAACCUGCUCAUGCACAUCAACUACCCGAUCCCAAUCCCCUACACCGAGUUCACCGAGCACUCGAACAUCUCCACCACGCUUGGCCCACAGGCCAUGCUGCGCGCGUCGCACGCCGUGUCGCGCGACGACUCGCUGUCGAGGCACGAGAACCAGGUCGUGUACAAGCACGACAAGAGGGAGCCCGUCCAGCCCGGCACCAUUGUCCCGCUCGAGAUGACGUUCUGGCCCAUGGGCAUGGUGUUUGGCGCCGGCGAGCAGCUCAUGGUCCGCGUCAGCGGCCGCCACAUGGCCCUGCCCGAGAUCCUCUUCAUGGCCAGCGACGAGCCCGAGGACGAGAACAUUGGCAAGCACGUGCUGCACACCGGUGGCAAGUAUGACUCGGUGGUUGUGCUCCCCGUGCUCCCGGAAUACAAGUAG